CUCCGGCUCACAUUAGAGUGGCCGCCAUUAAAAACCGGAUAAACCACCUUUUCAUUUUUCACUUUCAUUUUCCCCUUUAAAUAAUAAAACCCAGACAAGGGACAGCCGACGGUACCUUCCAAAGAAAUCGAAAUUUUGACUUAUGAUUCUCAUAUACACCCCCCCCAUAUCUCCCACAACCUUCCAUUUACGUCUUAAUUGUUGACUGAUCAAUUUCCAUUUACGAAUACACACGGUGUGUGUGAAGUUUAUUCUUUUGGUUUUUGAAUUUUUGAGUUUUUGGGGCGAAAAAACCAAUGGCCAAUUUGCAACUGGAAAGAGAGACUAGCAUUGGGAUGCAAGUGGAAGAUCUAUGGGAUGUUCAAGAAUCAAAGCUUAAUCCUACGCAGAAACUUAACGCUUGCUUUGAAAACAUCCCUGUCUCUGCUUUCCCUCAUACUCCUCAAGGGAUCGAGAUAAAAUCGGAUGCGAGUUUGGCCGAGGCUGUUCAAAUACUUGCCCAAAACAAGAUUCUUAGUGCACCUGUUGUCAAUGUUGAUGCACCUGAGGAUGCAAGUUGGAUUGAUAGAUAUCUUGGCAUUGUAGAGUUUGCAGGCAUUGCCGUAUGGAUUCUCCAACAGUCAGAACCACCUUCACCUACAAACCAUUCGCCUACCGGAGCUGAACCUGCAGUAGCUUCUGCUAACGGAAUGCCCUCUUCUGCCGAGCUCAGGACUUUAGGCUCUGAAGAUGCUUCAAUCACUGCUGGAGACUUUUUUGAGGCUCUAACAUCCUCCGAGUUCUAUAAGAAAACUAAGGUCCGGGAUAUCUCAGGAUCCUUCCGCUGGGCACCAUUCCUAGCUUUGCAGCAAUCAAACUCGUUUUUGACUAUGCUGUUACUGCUUUCAAAGUACAAAAUGAAGAGUAUUCCCAUAGUUGAUCUUGGUGCUGGAAAUAUCAAUAACAUCAUCACACAAUCGGCUGUGAUUCACAUGUUAGCGGAAUGUACUGGGCUUCAGUGGUUCGAAAGCUGGGGAACCAAGAAACUUUCCGAGAUUGGUCUUCCUACGAUAUCACGCAAUCAACUCGUUACAGUACAUGAAGAUGAACCAGUGCUUCAGGCAUUUAGGUUAAUGAGGAAAAAGAGAGUCGGAGGCGUACCUGUUGUCACCGGUGAUGGAAAAAAAGCUAUUGGUAACAUAAGCCUUAGAGACGUACAGUUCCUUUUAACCGCACCGGAGAUCUACCAUGAUUACAGAUUGAUCACGGCAAAGAACUUCCUGCUAGCAGUUAAAAACUACUUGGAGAAACAUGACACGAGAUCGCCAAUGUUGAGUGGCAUGAUCACUUGCAAGACAAAUGAAACCAUCAAAGAGUUGAUCCAAAUGCUCGACUCGUUGAAGAUCCAACGAGUGUAUGUCGUUGAUGAUGACGGGAAUUUGGAAGGAACGAUCACGCUUCGAGACAUCAUUUCGAGGUUAGUAUAUGAACCACCUGGAUACUUUGGUGAUUUUUUCGAUGGUGUGUUGCCUCUACCAGAGAACUGUAGGGUUUAAGAAUGAUCCGAAGCUUGGUGUUUCGUAUGACUGACUUCCCUUCUCUUCGUGAUUCUGGUUUUUCGGGUUUUCUGUCGUGUUUGAGACGGAUCGGACAUGCGGACUUUAUUAUGUAAGGCUGAACCUUUGUAAUUUAGUUGCUUCUGGCUUUGUUAGGUUCCAAUUUUUGUGUAAAUUUUGGUGUCUUAAAGAACUUGAUUGAAAUAAAAUAAGAACCCACCUUCUUGUUUUCUAUACAGAAA